AUGAAUGAAACUUGUCAAUCCUGCAUGAAUUCAACGCAAUGUAAACAAAUUGCAUGCGAAUAUCGUUGUGUUUGUCGAGAUGGAUAUAUUCUCAAUAAAAAUAAUAAUUCAUGCGCUCGAGCAAUUUCGACAACCGAUUCAGCAAUAUCAUCAUCUGAGCCUUUCAUCGCUGCGAUUUCACUGGAUAGCACUAAAUGCGGUAAAAAUAUGGAACGCAACGAAAUUUCAUCAUUUUGUCAUAUUCCUUUUAUUAAGUUAAUUUAUAAUUUUUUUAACACCGAUGGUUGUAAAGUAAAUUGUAUCUACAAAAAAGGAUAUAAAAAAAGCAGUGAAAAUUCGUGUAAAUUGGAGGCAUCCGUAUCCUACUGUACGCUAAUAAACAAGCCGUGUGAUGAGCGGAAUGCUUAUCGACUUUAUAAAAUAACAAUAAAGAAUAGAAAUAUUAUUUGUAGACUAAAAUGUGAAAAAAAGAAUGAUUUUUACAAUUUUCAGGAUUUAAUUGAAAAAUAA